GACCCCGGCGGGGCGGGGAUGCGCGGCCGGGACGCGGGGCGCGGAGUGCGCGGCCGGGAUGAGGUGCGGGAAGAUGGCGGCGUCGCCGCCACCAGCGGCAGCAGCGGGGACAGCGGCGGCGGCCGGGUCGGCGGGCGGCUUGGGCGGCGUGCGGCGGCGCUGCCAGCGGCUGCUCUACUGGGUGCCCGUGCUCUUCAUCUCCAGCAUCCUGUGCUGGUCCUACUACGCCUAUGUCACCCAGCUCUGCCUGCUAACAAUGACAAGCAUUGGAGAAAAAGUUGUGUGCCUGGUUGCUUACCACAUAUUUUUCAUGCUGUUCGUCUGGUCAUAUUGGAAAACAAUCUUUACGCUACCAAUGAAUCCUUCAAAAGAAUUUCAUCUAUCAUACUCAGACAAGGAAUCUCUAGAGAGGGAGCCUAGAGGUGAAUCCCAGCAAGAAGUCUUACGACGGGCAGCCAAGGAUCUUCCUAUCUAUACGAGGACAAUGUCUGGAGCAAUCAGAUACUGUGACAGAUGCCAUCUUGUAAAACCAGAUCGUUGCCAUCACUGUUCUGUGUGUGACAAAUGCAUUCUGAAAAUGGAUCAUCAUUGCCCUUGGGUGAACAACUGUGUAGGAUUCUCCAACUACAAAUUUUUUCUUCUCUUCUUGGCUUACUCUCUACUGUAUUGCCUUUUCAUUGCUGCAACAGAUUUACAGUAUUUUAUCAAGUUUUGGACAAAUGGCCUUCCUGAUACUCAAGCCAAGUUCCACAUCAUGUUUUUAUUUUUUGCUGCCGCUAUGUUUUCUGUCAGUCUGUCUUCUCUCUUUGGGUACCACUGUUGGCUCGUCAGUAAGAACAAGUCAACAUUAGAGGUAUUUAGAGCGCCCAUAUUUCGUCACAGAACGGACAAGAAUGGUUUUAGCUUGGGCUUCAGCAAGAACCUAAGGCAGGUGUUUGGUGAUGAGAAGAAAUACUGGCUGCUGCCUGUGUUUUCAAGCCUAGGGGAUGGUUGCUCCUUCCCAACUUGCCUUGUUAAUCAGGAUCCUGAGCAAGCCUCCACACCUGGUGGUCUUAAUUCAACCUCCAAAAACGAGAGUCACCUGUUCCCUGCCAAGCCGCUGCGCGAUUCCCAGAGCCACCUCCUCACCGACACGCAGUCUUGGUCAGACAUCAGUGCAAAGGCUGAAAAGGGCAAAAUUGGUAUGAGCAAUCCUGCAUUAACCAUGGAAAAUGAAACCUAACUUCCCUUAAAAGAAGCUUCUGAAUACUUUAGGAAAGUUCAAGAAAAAGCUGUUGGUGGAAGGAAGAUGGAUUCUUCCAAAAAUCAGCCCUAUCAGCCAGCUGCUCCCGUCUGCUCCUGUGUGGAUGUGCUCAGAAAACAAACUGACAGAUGAUAGCUGUCUCCAUGUCACUGCUUGAAACAUGAAACAAAACAUACAACUUUUGAACCACGUAAAGAAUGUUUCAACUUAGGAUUACUGGUUUUGAAUGGUGAAGGGUGAUUCUGAGUAUUAUGGAAAAAAAAAAGUCUGAGUUUACUAUUGUAAAAAUUCUGUGGCUGGUUUUACUUUGAUAUUCAGCACAAAAAAAAAAGUGACCUCCUUAUGUAUCAGCCCAGGUUCUCGCCUUGGUUUUGAAAGUUCACCUGUUAAUUCAAAUUGCUGUAAGUAUUUGACUUACUUCAAAAAUCAAAUGUUUGCACUGCUGGCUAUAUGAAGUGGGAAAACAAUCAGUGUUGAUUAUGGACAAUUUAGUGGCUUGGUGGACUGUGUUUUCUUUUGAGCGCUUGAUAAGCAAAUUUUUUUUGAAGAUAAGGCAACCUUAGUGAAGUGUCAGACUAUUUUUGGAUCGCUUUUGGAAAACAUUAUUGUGAAGGCUCCCUUUUCAAUAGUUGUGGAGGGUGGGGGGGAAACCUCCUUUGUUAAUUAAAUACUACAGUGAGUCCCUGGUAACUGAGUGAUUAAAAAGUCCACAUUCAGAUGAAUAAUAUGUAAGUAAAGCUGGUAGCUGGGGAUUUUGAUGAAAGCUGCACAGGACGAUCCUAUGAAAUUGGGGAUUUUAUUCUCCCAUUUGGAGCCUUUAUCCCCUAAGGGAAAGGAAGGCUGGCACUUCACUUUGGUGAAGUGAAAAAAGGUGCUUUUUUUUUUUUUAAAUCAACCUAUGUUCUUGAUGGCCACUGUCUUUUAAAAUCCUAGUUUUUUAUUAAUCAAUAGUUGUCUCAACUUUUUUCACUUCUUUAAGACACUGAAUUUCUCACUGCAUAAAUUAAUGAAUAUCACAUCCAAACAAGGAGACAUUGUUAUAACUUAAGAUAUUUGCAGUUACAGGACAAAGGACAUUUGAUUGCAAUACCAAAAAGCCAAACUGCUGCAUGUAGGAAGCUCCCUUCCGUUAAGUUAGGAGACAGCAGGUUUUUUAAGAUUGAAGUUUACCAGCCUGAUGAUAAAAGAUGUGUUAUAAACUGCACAGUCAAGGAAGUUUCAGCAACACAAAUCUAAUUGUCUUGUGCCUUUUGUAUGCACUAAACUUACAGUAUGUGUUUACAUUUAAAUGCAAAGUAAUUGUUUUUCUGAAAAUAACAAGAAGGAUCUUAGUUAUGCUUUCUAGGUGGCUAGGUAAAACAACUAGUCAAAAGAAACCCCAACAACCUGGAAACCUGUCAGAAGUUCUCAAAACUGAACUACUUAGCUGGUGUGUUCACAGUGGAAGGAUUCCAGUUUUUAAAGAAUAACAAACCCAGCUAGAAAGCUGACAGCAGGACUAAGUGACCGAUUUCUGAAAGCAAAAAUUUUAUCAUUAACUCUUCUACAGGCAGGUAACGUAAAAUUUUGAGGUUUUGUUUCCUGGAUUUACAACUUAAGUGGUAACUAUGGGAGCACAAAUGUGGCUUUUUUCUUUUUUUUUUCCAAUGAGGAAGAAUGUAUCGGGUUUAAUUUGUUUAAAAAUCUCAAAAUUUUACCAGCCUAAGAACAUCCGAAUUUUGCCAGAAGUGCCAGAGUAUGGAUCCCUUGAUGUAGAAGGCUUUUUUUAAACGAGCAUGAAGGUAGCACACAGUUUACACGAUGCCUGCAGACAUCCUAGCAACCAAAAGUUUUCCACAGCUAUUUAUUCAGUGUUGUCCUGUCAGCUUACUUUGCCUUAGUGUCUGUUUAAAGGCUAACUUGUCAAGGGAUAAGGGGGAGAGGGAAAAAAAUAUAUAUUUUUAACACUUCAAGUUCUCUAGCUGUAUAGUCUUGUUUUUUUUACACGGUCAGGGUGGUUUGUCACAGCAUGCAUUGGAAAACAGUGACUAAAAAGUUGAAAUUCAGCUUUAAUGUAACUUGCUCCAUACUUUUAGGUAAAGACUAAGUACCAUUUUCUUCCCCAGCAAAAUCCAUAAUGGAAAUUGCUCUAAUGCAGGCGGCAGACCUGCCCUUAGGCAGGAAGGAGGCCAGCCUCCCUGGCUGUGCCUGGGGCUCUGCCAGGUCUCAGUAAGGCUGGGAAUUGAUAUAGAGAAAGGGCAGGGAUAGGGGAUCAAGAAAAGCCCUGUGUGUCUCAGCAGUCAUUUAGAAAGCACAAUAGCCCUAAAUCUCCAGUUUUGAUGUAGCUAAAGGCUGUCCCUCUAGUAGAAAACUGACGGAGGCCACAGAGCCAAGAAACAUAAAUUCAUGAGGGGAGGGGAAGGGGGAAAAAGAAAAUGAGGGUAAUUCAGGUGUAUCUGUUCAGCAGACCAGAGGCAGCAGGCCAUAGCUAUACCUGAUCUCAGGUUGGGUAUGAGCUGUGCCUCCAGGGAGAGCGAUGGCAGGAAGCUUUGAGGGGUCCUGGCUGUUCUCUCCAGGGGUGACAGUAAGCUAAUCGUGCUCCAAGCUGUAGUUUCUGAUUCAACUAUAUUUUCGGCUUGAAGUGCCCUAAUACCUUACAUAAUUAAGUGAAAAUGGCAUUUCUGACAUAUUGUCAUCGAGCACUGGAGCUGUUACAAUGCAUGCGGGAGAACUUGUGAACAGGUAACAGAAGCAAGAAUGCAAUGUUGUUUGUCUGCUUACACUGAUUCUCCUGUUCUUUGUAAUAUUCUUGCUAGGCACUUUACUACAGUCUUUUGGGUAAUUUCUGUAUUUUUUUUAAAGACUGCUUUAUACCUACUGUACAGUUACUAAUCUACUUUUUUGCUAAGAAAAGCCCUGGUAUUUGUCUAGAAAUAGCCCUGCAUUUCAGGCUUCAUUGGAAGUUGGAUGAGUUUGACAGACGACUCAGCCAGGCCUGACUCCCUCAAGACAGCAGAGUUUAGUUUAUUUUGUAUACAUGAAAGCUGUCAUGUGAAUCACUAGCCACCCACCUGUUUAAUAAGCUUCCUUAAUUUGUAGGUUAGAACAAAUCCACUACAUCUCUGCACCAGAAGUGGUCCACACACAUUCUGUAUCAGUUGAUGCAAUGCUCAGAGUCCUCACAGAGAUCUAUUUUUAAUAAGAAAAUUGAGCACCUAGAUGUUGGUGAGCUCCUCCCAUAGUGCAAUUAGACACAACUGCUAAUAUGCACCAAAUUGCAGACUGAGAGCUUGUCAAUAGCCCACGGGCAGGGAACUAAAGAAACCUUGGUAAUUAUUUUUUUUUUUAACUGUGUGUACUUAAAAUCAUGGUCUUCAAGCAAGACUUCAGCAUGGUUGGAUGCAGCAAGUUUGUUUUAGUGCAUGGUAUUCUAGAGCUGUUGUUAGUCCCACACGUGGACUGAAAGAAUUCUUGCCCUGAUUUAGCUGACUGCUGUGUUGGAUGGGGGUGGGGGGGAAUAAGUUUCCACAUGUCUUUUGUGUAGAAUUUUGCCACUUAUUAAAGUAUUGCUCACAUAAAUAAACGCUUCAUGUUCAGCAAGU